AUGGAUAAUCAUCCCGAGAAGAGUAGAAAUAUUGAAGAUUUAAGAAGCGUAUUCACUGAAAAAAACACCAACCCAAUUGAUUCUAAUGAUGGAGACUUUGAUUUACUGAAUAAUUUAACCUCUCUGCUAUCUCACUCAUCUCUAAAAAGAGAAGAAAUUAUUAGAAAAGAAUUACAUUUGCUAUUGGAAGAAAAUAGUAAAUUCAUGAAAGAGUUGAUGAAAAUUUAUUCUGUUUGUUCUAUGACUUUAUCCUUGGAUGAAUUUAUAGAAAAUGUUUUGGAAAAGCUUUAUGACAACGGACUUGAAAGGGAGAAAUUGAGAUUAAAACAACUCAAUAGACUACAAAUCCAAAGUCUAAACAGACAAAUUGACACUCCACGCCCAACCACUCUUGAAAUAUCUAAUAACUCUUCACAAUCAUUUUCUUAUAAUAUGGAGAGAAAGUAUGAGUUCUCUAAACAAGUGAUGAAAGUUUUUGAUUCUAAUGAAAGAAAAAUAUUUAAUGAUAACCCUAUGGGUUUACAUUAUUUGGAUCCUUCCAUUGAGCCAUAUCAUCCUUUGUCAUUUAACAACAUUAUAUUUAAUAAUGAUAAAACUAAGAAGAAAGCAGAUUCAAAUCAAUCAGAAAUACCAUUGAUUCCAAAGAAGAGAAGAACCAAUAGAAGAAGAAAAUCCUAA